GUUACCAAACGAAGCACGCGCAAAAUAAGACACGUCGUUGGUGGAAAGUCGAGUGGUAAUCAGUUGUUCGCCUUUUGGUGUUUAACCGUAGCGCAGUAAUUCUGUACGCAUAUCCGUUUAAAUCUUGAUUCCAAUGUACUUAUCACCGCACUUUUGGUUGACCGUGGUCGUGAUCGCACCAUGCGGUUUAGGCUUACCGAUUAAGACGCAGAUUCAUGACAUAGUGAAAGAAAUACUUUUCGAGGACUUACUGUUCCAGGACAUAUUGUCGGAAAGGAUUAAACUGAACGCCAGUAACUUGGCACCAUGGAUCAAGGAAUCGCUGGAGAACAUCGACGAUCUGGACCCGCUAGUCGCUCUGCACAAGCUGUCAAAACCCACGAAAUACUAUUCGGGCCAAGCGCUGGCUGCGAGCACCAACAUUUUAAGUACGGCGUUGAAAUGUUUGUUGUUCAAGCGUAUAGCCGUUCACGUGACGCUGACCAGUAGGAUGCUGGUACUUCAAACCGAGAAAAGCUUGAACCGAAUAAGGCUCCUGGUGUUCACGAACCUGAUACCAUCUAGCGUGGACAUAUUGAUGACCGUAAAGAACGAUAAGUAUAUGGAGUUGUUAAGUUUGUUUGACAAAAUCAACGGAAUUUUGUCCCAGAGCGACGAAGAUAUCGCGAAACAAGAGAACCUCGAUGGCCUGGACAAAGAGUUAACGGCGGUCAAUCAAUCCAUCGAGUCGUCUUGUACACAAAAAGAUAUGUCCGUCUAUUUCAAACAGCUUAACAUCGCGACACAGGGUGACUUGGAUAAGUAUCCGGAAAUUUUUUCUGAUAAAAAAAUAUCGGAAACUGUCCCACUCGAGACCAUUGACGCGUGGAUCAAAGAAAACGAAAACGAUGUAUUGGAUUUGUUUGAUUUAUUGGAUUCGGUGAGAACCAUGAGUGUGAGUACGUGGAAGAGUUUUUUGAAUCACGCCAAUAUACCGACUGGCAAAGACUUUCAGAGAAGAAACCCACCUAGCUAUCGCGAUGAAAUACGAAAAAUUUUAUCGAACAGAUUCCAAAUUACAGCUGAAGGUGUUUCUAAGAGAGUUGAUUUACCUCAAAAAUAAGUAUAUGUUUCAAAAUAGUGACAAUGAGUUCAAGUUUCUAAAAAUAACAUUGAUUACGCCGAAAUUGAAAUGGUAUUUAGUAAUUAUUUAAUAAUUAUUUUACACUGAAUU